AGUUGAUCUGACAUUAAACGACAGUGAUGAUCAUAUUCGAUUGUUUCGUCCAUCAAAAUUGAUUAUAUUUUCACUAUCGAUUCGAAUGUUUUACAGCAAUGAGUCCACUACCAUCUCCAAUACAGCAGCAACAUGUCACAUUAUUACCAUCAUUGAUACCUGUGGCAACAAUCAAUACGAUUAAUGUGAAAAAAAAUCAACAAUCAUCAGUAACGGCUAAAAAUGGUGAUACAAUUAUUGUACAAAAUGGAAAAACAUCAAAUUCAUCAACAACGACAAUUACCGUACUGAAUAGAUGUAAACAAUCUCCCCAACGACAACAACAACAACAACAAUCGGAAAAACGAGAAUCCAAAAAUCAAAUGCCAGAUACAUCGAAUGGUAAUAUUGAAAUAGCUAAAGAUGAAUUAUUACAAUCACCUAAACAACAAAUAUCAUUGGUAAAAUCAACAAUAAAAAAAUUAUCAUCACCAUCACCAUCAUCAAUGUCCAAUCAACGACAACGUAUCUAUCAUAGUUCAAUGGAUAUAUCAAAUGAUGAUGAUAAAGAAGAUGAAAAAAAUGAAGAUAAAAUGGUACAGAAUAAAUGUCCAUUGAUAAAGAUGAAAAAAUGUCAACGAUCAGAAAAAUCGAUUGAUUCGAAUAUUAUGACAAAAAAUCGUGCACAAUCAGAACGAAAUCUAGAUCGUAUAAGUGAUACACAAGUAAUGAAAAAAAUGAAUGACCAACUUAAAAUGGGCAACCGUCACAAUCAACAACAGCGGCAAAAACAAUUAUCUAAACAAUUAAUGGAAAAAGAAAUGACCAUAACGGAAAUCUAUAAAUCUUUAAUGGAUAAGGAAAAAAUAUUGGAAACGUUAUACUAUGAAAUUAAUGAUAAAAAUGAAAAAAUAUUCGAAUUACAAGAUGAGAUCAAAAAACGUCGUUAUGAUAUGAAUGAAAUGAGUCGUAGAAUUAUUGAAUUGAAUCAAGAAUUAAAACAAUGUCGAUGUCAACAAAAUCAACAACGUAACAAGCAACAAUCAGCAAUCAUACCAGUUACAAUGCCUGUCAUUGAUUAUAAUCCAUUUCCUGUUGAUAUUAAAUCAAAUGGUAUCAACAACAACAACAACAACAAUAACGAUGAUUAUUUUGAUGAUGAUGAUGAUCCGGAAUGGACGAAACCAUCGAUAAUAGCAAAAUCGUCAUUAUCAUCACAAACGGUUCCAUUAAAUCGAUCAUUAUCCCAUCUAUCGUUGGAAAGUAUAAAUAGACAAUCCAAUUUUCACCAUCCACAUUAUCAUCAUCAUCAUCAUCCACAUUUACAAAAUCUACGCCAUCAUUGUGACGACAAUUAUAAAAUGCAUACGAAUACUUCAUCCACAACAACAACAACAACAACAACGAAUCGUUCGAAUCAAUGGAGAACAAAGAUACCUAAUGCAUUGAAAAAAAUAGUGAAUAAAAAGAAAACAAUUAGUAACAAUUCAACAGCUUCACUAUCAUCCACCUCUUCUUCCUCAUCAUCAUCAUCAUCAUCGACUAUAUCCGAUUCAAUGAAAUUGAAAAAAAUAAAUGGUGAUUAUGGUAUGGAAGAAUUGAAACAUAUACUACAGGAAAAAGAGAUGCUUAUAACAGAAUUACGUUUGGAUGCAAAACGAACUACAAAUAAAUUAUUUGAUUUAGAAAUGACAUUAAAACGUAGAGAUGAAGAAUCAAUGAUAAUCAAAAAGAAUAGUGAAUAUUUGGAAAAGAUUUAUAAAUCUAAAUUAAUUGAAUGAUGAUUAAAAGUAUUGAUUUCAA